AUGUCUACUUGUGAUCCCUUCAAAGUUAAAACACUAAAGAUGGCGAAGAACAAGGAUGACAUAGAGUACGCAACAGCUCAAGCAAAGCUAUCAGAAGACGAGCCAAUUCGAGUACGAUACAAACACGGGACACCACUAGAAGGAGGCAAGAUCGCAGAGUCAGAGCCUGUAGAUCUCUUAUCAAGCGCUAAAGGUGUCGAAAAGGGUAAAGAACAAUCAACUUCUGCAGCCACUGGAGAUCAGACGCAAAUGCAUCGCGACGUGAAAGACAUCAAAGGAACGCGUACAGACGACAGUCCCCGUUAA